CGAGCGACGCCUCGGGCCACAGCCCGCAGUCUCUCGGUGCCCGUGCUGCAUCGCCACGCGUCCACGUCUCGCACAUUUGCGCACGCGCGUAUAAUUUGUACCGAACGCGGCUUCACAUGCGCUUGACCAACGCGCUCCGUUAUUCUAAAAGUUUUAAACUGUGCCGCGUCUAUUACGAUCUCGUGCUUUCUAAAUAGCAAAAAUAAAAAGUAACAACAUAAAUAACAAGUGGUUUUGAGUGACCGCGUCGCAAGUGGUAAGAGGCUGUGUUUGCACAAACCGAGCGAAAGCGGUCAAGCGUGUGCUAACUUGGAAGGAAUUUGGCUGUGUAGGUGAAAACCCUUGCCGUGUCGCAAUGAAAAUAAGUGCUGAAGUGACGAAAUCUGGUUUGUGAGGUGCUUUGCGUGCGUGCUCAUGCCGCUGUUAAAAACGGGCACACGCGCUUAUGUAAGCCUGCAUUAACGCAUAGAGCAAGAUGCCGGCGCUCCGGCUACUCGGACGCAAAUGGCUGGCAGCCUCCGACGAUCUCGUGUUCCCUAGCAUCUUCGAACUUCUAUUUCGAUUUGUGUGGUUAGUUUUAAUAGCGUUGGUGGUGGAGGUGUUCUUCCCUGUGACAUGGCAAUGUCAGUCGGAGGGCUGGCAGGGCGGCACGUUCGUGAGGCUGUACCUGUGUGGAACCCUCACUCUUCAGGCCGCGCUGAUGCUGCUGCUGGCAGCCUUGGCCCACCAGUCCGCGCGCGGCACCAUCACAGACAUCGAUGCGAGGAAAAUGGUGUCGCCUCUAUUGCUUAUCAAAGUGUUGUUGGUGGUGCCGGAGACGACGCUGAACGUGAUGGGCACUAUGUGGAUGUUCUCCGAAGUCAUACAGUGUUCAGUCGAAGACAAGUUCCCUAGUAUAGUUAUACAAAGUAUAGUAUUAUUCAACUGGGUACAGUUAGGCCUUACAAUAUUCGGUCUAUUUAUGGUAUUCGACCCCCUGGGUUCCGUGAACUACGGCGAUAUGCAAGACACGCCAAACCAAGUGCGACAUCACAGGAAGGUCACUGGCCUUUGGUCGAGGAGGUUCCGAUGGGCUUUCUGCUGGUUAAAACGAGACGAGCAUGGAAAGGAAGCUUUUCAACAGGUGGCAGCUUUACUCAGCGCUUUAUUUAGAUCUACAGACUUAGUACCCUCAGACGUAGUAGCAGGAUGCGUUCUGCUAAGAGUUCGACAAAAACGCGAGACUAGAGAAAUGCGGCGAAUACAAAUGCUUAACGAUGAAGAGCCUAUCUACACCACGGACUACAACAAAAUAUUCUCAGAGACCCCACCAUGGAUGAACUUGGAGGAUGCCCUGCAUUAUCUAAGACUGUCGAUAGCAGCAUACGGAUGGCCUUACGUGUUGUAUCGUCAUUGCUUCACAGGAUUUUGCAAGUUGGCGAGACAUCUUACUUGUUGCUGCUGUCGACCGAAAAACUCAAUAGUGACCGACGAUAACUGUUGCAUGUGCAACUUUGCCGGCGUGAAAUAUAUGUCUAAGCUAUCUGCAGAUGACAUCGUCUUUGCCUCUUUCAAUAACCGGGUUUUCGAGUUACCAUUCUGCGUGAUUGCCGACCACGAACGAGAGAGCAUCGUGGUGGCAAUUCGAGGAUCCAUCUCGCUGAGGGAUAUCUUCACGGACUUCACAGCGGGCUCGGAGAGAUUUGAGGCCGAUGGGUUACCAGAAGACACAGCGGCCCAUAAAGGUAUGGCUAUGGGCGCGGCAAAGAUGCUCAGGCGAUUGUUGCCAGUACUUGAUCGAGCAUUCCAGCAGUUUCCUCACUAUGACCUCAUUCUCACUGGUCACAGUUUAGGGGCCGGUGUUGCAGUAUUAGUUGCUUUAAAGUUAAGGCCGAAGUACCCACAUCUGAAGGUGUUCGCGUUUUCAACACCAGCGGGCCUAAUUAGUCGUGAAGCGGCGCGGUUCACGGAGAGCUUUGUGAUGACGGUGGGCGUGGGAGACGACCUCGUGAUGAGGCUCAGCGUGCACAGCAUCGAGAACCUUAGGACCAAGAUCAUACAGACCAUACACGCUACUAAGUUACCAAAGUAUCGAAUAAUGCUGAACGGGUUCGGGUACGCGCUGUUCGGUGUACCAGCGAGAGAUCUGGAAUCAACAUGGCGGCGGCCCGAGGACCUCGAGGCGAACCACUCGGACGACUCCACGGACGCGCUCCUCGUGCAGAGCGUCUCCACCGUGAGUGCUGAGGCGGCGCUAGUGUCGCGCGACAUUUUCGUGCGGCGGUUCUCGUCAGCCAGACUUUUCACUGCGGGCCGAAUUCUCCACAUAGUUCGUCGCAAGCGCAUGGGUAUUGAAAAAAAAGUGCGCACGCAAGAACCGACGUAUGAAAUGCGUUGGGCGUGUCCGGAGGACUUCAUGGAGCUGCAGGUGAUGCCGCGGAUGUUGCUCGACCACUUGCCAGAGAACGUACACCGCACCAUACAGACGGUGCUAGAAGAGAGGCACACAUAUCGCGUCACGCACACCAUAUAGGUGACGUUACGCGAUUUUUAACUUUAUUUGCUCUGCCAAAUAGUCGCAAUUAGUUUGCGAUUAUCGCCUAUCACUCGAGGCUCGCCAGAACCAAACAUUCGUAACUAAUGAUAUUGUAUAAACGUCUAAAAGACGCAUGUCCCGCGCCCUGUAGACUACAGCCCCCAUAGAAUGUGCGAUAGCAAACACGACACGAAUGCCCAUGUCGCUUAAUUAUGAUUGGUUAAAAGGCCGACGCGCGUGUCACAUGUUAGCCUCUCGACCAAUCACAAUGAAACGUCACGAACUCUCGUGUCGUUUUUUUCAUAUUCUAAGGAGGUCAUUGUACGUAGACGUAUUUUUUUUAUUUUAUAUUUUUAAUAGUUGACUUUGGGUCUACUGAGCUUUUUCAUGACAUGUUCUGUUUGUUCCUACACCACUCAGUAAACAUGACUCAUAAAAUAUAGUAAUCUGAUUGUAUAUAAUUACUAGCAUGAUUGACAGCAUUUCGUAUAGAUCUUAUGUUGGAAAAUCAGUGUAUGCGGUUAAUGAUUUAGUUUAAGUAAUGUGAGAAGACUGUGAUGAUGUUAUAGAAUGAAAAUAUUAUAAUGAGUAAGUGAAAUGUCUGUGAGGAGACAGGUGUAUGUCGAUAAAAUUAAGGUUUUGUCUUAUGUAAAUAAAAUACAAGUAAGAAUUUUGUUUAAGUUUCAGAGAAACUUUGGGAACUUUACCUCGUCCCGUUACAUAUCAACGUUAUAAACGUUAUUUUAACCUGUUUGUUGUUUUGUGAUCGCUUCAUAGAUGGCGUUGUUUGAAAUUAUGACGUUGCGUUGCUCAAAAUGAAAAGCAAUUAAAAUCGUUUUGACUUUAGAUCUCCAGACUUUAUUAUUAUUGAUAUGAUAUUGGCUACGUAAUACUAUGACUUGACUCCAUAAUUAUAUGAAGAAAUAAACUAUGAUAUUAACCUCAAAAUUACGUUUCUAUAUAUCACUAUGUUGAGUAAGACUUGCGAAGCUACCACUAAGUACAAUAAUUAGAUAAUAGAGUAGUGUUACCGGAGUCAAUUAUGUAAUAAAACAGCAUAAUACUACAUUGUAAGUACAUACAUAGAGAAAUAUAUAUUAUUGACUAUACUUAUUACACCAAUCAGUAACAUUUGAUAUUGUAUGUAGAUUUGUAGCAUUUACAUCUGCGCUUUUAUAAAUACGAUCAAACUAUGUACAUAUUCAAUGUCGUACAGACUUUAUUAAGUAUUGUUUUUUUGCAAAUUUGGGUUGGCAUUCCAUAAAUAUAGAUUUUGUGGUGUCUAUAUUGUCUAUGCUCGCUUUGGUGAGCUAAAGGGAGUUUCCUUGAACAAAUUAACUAAUCAAUACAUGGUUUAUAAAAGUAUGAAAUUAUAUUUAAAACCUACAUCAAAAUAGAUUUUAAAGUAACACAAAUAUAAUUAGUAGGUAGGUACUAUUGGUUGUAUCGCCUCAAUAUAAUUUCCUAUAUGAAUCUACAUGUGUCAAAAUUGUAAUUAGGUGAUGUAAUGUGUAGUAAAAUGUAACUUUAAGUAGGGACCCAAUUAUUCAGUAAUUAAUUAACAACAAUUUAUUACCUGACGUACCUAAACUUCGGGAACAAAGUAUAGUAACAGUCAAAUUAAAUAGUUGACGAUUCUGAAGGUUUUAUUGUAAAUAAAAGCAUUUAUUUCUAAUAAUUUACAUUCCAGUUUGUAUCUAUAAUCCUCAGUCCCUUGCCGAUGUGUUGGUGUAUGGUGCCUUCGUCGUCUAAUUAAAUAUAUAAGCUGCACACUUCGCUGUGGACACUUGCACCUCCUUGUCUGCAUUACUGAUCUCUCGUUAAAGGUAGAAAUUGCUCAUUUUAUUUUUCUUCAAUUAAAAGCUUGGCUAACAGAUACAAAAUAAAACUGAUCAAUUAAUGACAAAGAUAACUCGCAACAUUUAACUGGACUUAAUAUUUUAAUAUUAUGAAAUAGUUGGCAACAUUAUUAUUAUUAGCUUAUGGCUGUGUUGCAAACGUUCACAAUAAUACUGAAAUCAAAAAUGAUUUAAAUAUGACCAGCACGUGCAAGUGUUCAAAGAUCUUGCCUAUUGUUUUUAUUUAGAACUGUAGCUAAGAUUAUAAUUUUUUUAUACAUGCAUAUACCUUGUAUUUUUAAUGUUGGAUAGAAAUCUCAUAUAAUAAUGCUGUUACUAUUAGAUUUAAUAUAUAUUCCUUAUAUAAAUUUGUAUAUAACGUUGUUUUCUCGUUCAAUGUUGUUAUCGGGUUUAUAAAUUGCGAAUUUUAUUUAUUUAUAUUUUUUAUAUUAUUGCAGAGGAUAUAAAUCGCGUGUAUGUUCAAGUAUUAGAAGGACUGAGGUUCUUUUCACUUGUACCCUAAAUUAGGGCUUUGUAAACUCUUUCUUCUUACGUUUUAGGAUAUAGCCAAUGUCUUGUGUUGGGUUUGUGUUUAUUUAUAUUAAAACAUAUUUUAAGAAAA